UGCUGUCUUGGUAACUUUGCAGUUGCCGAGUCCCAUCUAAACGGCCUAGCGAUCUAUUUGUCUACCAAGGACAGGGAAACCCUUCGUCAAGAGUGUGACUGUGAUGUUGACUUGGAGCUGACGGAUCGCUACCUUGUAGUAGCCAGCAACAUGAUACACAGCACCAAAAGCCGCUUGGCCGAAGUUGUCCCACCCGAAGUAAUAUCACAACCAUUAGAUACAGACCUGGAGGUCCCAGAACUAAGUCGCAUGAUCCAUAAAAUGCAUCUCAGCGAGGCCAAUGGUCCUGAACUUCGCUUGCGGGCUUUUCGGAUGGUUCCUUUUUUCUUCGGAUCCAUUCCACCAGGACGUGAGCCAAAAGAUCUCGACAUGUUCCCAGCGAUUUCUAUACUUCGACCAAUCACAGAACUAGCAAUGCCGACAAAUUCGAAAGACCGUGGCGAUCCGGAUAUUCCCAUGCCUUGGAAUGUUUGGAACAGCGGAGCUCCUUCAAAGCUACUCUAUACAGUCAUCACAGCGCACAUCCAGUCGUUCUCGAAUAAAAUACCACUCCCGACUCAUGGCGAGCCUGUCUAUGUGUCAGGAUGGUCUGGGUUCUGCUCCGCUGUUGACUUUUAUCUCACCACCGUUCUUGCCGUCUGCAAUCAAGGUCUUCCUCCACAGAGAGUACUGCAUUAUCUCAAAGUCGACAUUGUUAAACGAGAUUUGCAAAAUGGGCCACCGUUAUUCGAUAGCAUGAACACCGAGACGCGUAACUUAUGGUUCUGGAAGGCGUUUAUGUGCGCGUUGAGAACUUUGUGUCUUGAUUCGGAGCUGGAUGAAGUAUACGAGAGUCUCAACUUGGAAAGACGCACACUGUAUAUUGUCAUAUGUGGUGUGGCCAACUGGUCCGGUCAAAAGGGAGUUAUGUAG